AUGGAUUCAAACACAUUCUUCGAUGCUCUCAUUAUCGGCGGCGGCCCGAGUGGACUUUCAGCCGCAAUGGCACUCAGCAGAGCAUGCCGGUUUGUCGCUCUUUUCGACUCCCAGGAAUACCGGAACGAGAGUGCGCCGAUGGCUCAUAAUAUCCUUUGUCAUGACGGGGAGAAGCCGGAGGUCUACCGCGCAACGGCAACGGAGCAGAUCAUGGAAAAAUACGAAACGAUCACCUUCAUCGACACAUGUAUUACUCGCGCGAGACACAUCAUAGGUGAAAAGCGCCCAUAUUUCGAACUCACAAACGAUAAGGGCCGCGUAUGGGCCGGAUGGAAAUUGAUUCUCGCGUCCGGGACCGAAGACCUUCUCCCUUCUAUCCAAGGAUACAAGGAACUUUGGGGGCGAGGCAUAGUUCACUGCCUCUUCUGUGAUGGAUACGAGCACCGCGGAGGCCAUAUCGGCUUUCUAGGGCUUGAAUGCCAGAGAGAUUUCGAGUCUCUUCUGUUGUCGUUCCCAGUAGCCAAAGACGGUGUCACCGUUUUCACCAAUGGAAAGUUGAUAAUGCCCGACGACGAAGAUACACGAAAAAUGUUCAAGAUCGCCACAGCGCGGGGCGCCAGCUUCGACGAUCGGCGUAUCCAGUCCAUAUCCCAGAGCCCAGAUGGCGUUGGAAUAUGUUUACAUUUCGCCGACGGGUCAGAUCGGCAUCUCCGCAUGCUGCUGCAUACACCACCAACUACGAACCGAGCAGAGCAGCUGAUUCACAGCCUUGGGUUGGAGAUCAAUCCCGGCCCUGGAAACCAUGUCGUGUCGAAGAGUGCCACGGGUGAGACGAGCCUUCGCGGAUGCUUCGUAGCUGGUGAUACUUCGACAACAGCAAAGAUAAUUUCGGUAGCGGCUGCGACGGGGUCACUUGCUGGGAUGGGUGCGGCCAAACAAUUGGCGCUGGAGGAAGGAUUGCAGGCAUACGAGGGGCUGUCCAACGAAAGGCAGGCUGCAUGA